UCUAAUAAAAAAAGCAAGAAACGAAGAGAAACAAAAAUAUCCUGAAACCGGAGUCAGGUAGUGGAAUCCACAAAAUUAAUGGCGGGGGCGAACGGUGGAGGAGUCGACGUGGAGGUUAGCGAAGGCGCGGUCAAACUGAUCCAGCGAGAGGACGAGACUCUGUUGGGUGUCGUCAACCGUUUGAUUGGUGCCAUUUUGUUUCCGGACCCCAGCAGUGGUGCUCCGCUGUUUCACCGGAUCAAGACCUCUCUCGCCGAGAAUGGUCCGCUCUUUCGGGAAGCUUCUAGAAACACCGGACGCAGCGUUCGUAUCUGGACUCGUCAGGGAAGUCCUCUCCGAGCACUCCUCGUCAUCUCUGUUGGCACAAUCACUCUUUUGGCUUUGACAGGAUUGCUUGUCUUCAUGCUUUUUUUCCUGGCAGCAACUUUCAAUGCCAUUGUUAUCUCGCUUUUAUUAUCUUUGGCAGCUGCAGGAGGAUUCUUGGCCUUCUUCUUUACCUGUAUAGCAGCUAUAUACAUUGGAGCACUAUCAGUUGCCGUUUUUGUUGUUUCCGUGACAACAAUUUCUGCGAUUAUAGCUGUUCUGAUAACUACAGGUUGGAUUGGAUUCUUUUGGUUCGUGUGGCUGGCAAGUAAGAAAAGUCUUAGCCUUGCUAAGCACUCACUCAGCGUGACUGGUUCGACCAUUUCAGCUUACUCUUAUGCAAGGCCUGCUCGCCAUCCUCAAUCUGAAGACAAGGUUUACAGUUCAACUGUAAUGUAAGUAACGUAAAUAAAGUGUCUGUAUGUGGAAGCAGCUGAUAUAUAUGCAUAUGUUAUUUCUUGACGGCGUUGGUUACAUAUGUUUUGAAAGGAUGACAUAUUUGUCCCAUACUAGUAAGCAUAGUAGGUCUGGUAGGUCUUUCUACAUUAUUGUAUAUAGGCUAUCCACACUUGUCUGUUUCCUGGUCCAUGUAACCUCUAUUUGUAUCUCUAUAUACCCUGAGUUGACUGCAGAUGUGAAAUAGCACUAGCAUAUGAAUAUGCUGUAUUUACUUCUGUCAAGGAGUUAUGUUUUGCUCGCUUUA